CACAUAUGGCGCUGGAUUCGCUUCGAUUGCGACUAACGAGACCUUGGUUACCACUUUGCCCCAUAAUUUGAGAUUAUUUUGGGCUAGGAAAACAGGACAAAGUUUGUACAGAGUUGAUUAACCAAACUAUGUCGGAGGCAAUUGCAAAGCGUAAGAUUGCUUUAGAGGAAAAAGUUACAUCCACCGAAACAGAUGGGAGGUCCAGAAACCUUUUAUUGAUGUGCUUUUGGAUUCAAAAUCAGAGAGGGACAUGAUUGGCCACAUAUUUACGAUAUACGGGGCGGGGUUUGAGACCACAGCCAGCGGAAUGAAUUACACCUUAUUUCUCCUGGCUUUGAAUCCAUCCGUUCAAGAAAAGGUGCAUUUCGAGUUGGACUCCAUUUUUGGGAGCGACACAAACCGUGAUAUCACAUUGAAAGACUUAUCGGACAUGAAGUAUUUGGAAAUGUGUGUCAAUGAGGCGUUACGAAUAUACCCACCCGUUCCCAGCAUUGUUCGCCACGCGCAGGAGGAUAUUCCUCUCGGCAACGGACAAAUCGCGCCGAAAGGAGCGCAAGUGAUGAUCCUCAUCCGCGAAAUUCUGCGAGAUCCGGCGCAUUUCCCUGACCCCGAAGUUUUUAAUCCAGACAAGUUUCUUCCUGAUGAAUGCGCUGCCAGGCAUCUGUUCGCCUACAUCCCAUUUUCCUCCGGCCCUCGAAAUUGUCUGGGAAUGAAGUACGCCUUGAAGCAAAUGAAGACUUGCCUGGCCCACAUAUUUCGCCAAUUCCGUGUUUCCACCGUGCAAAAACGAGAAGAUAUCAGUCUCCUUUAUGGGAUGGUUUUGGAACUAAAACCAAAUCUGGAACUUAUUCUAACACCGAAAUAAUUCUAAUUUUUCAAUCUUUACCACCUAAACUUAUGAUGUUCCAGGUGCUAAUGAUUAUUUAAUAAAUAAAUUAUAUAUGUA